AUGUUAAAGUCGUACAAACAGAGAAAAGAUGAAUUGAAUGUUGAAGAUGAUAUAUUAUUGUGGUUUGGAAGAAUCGUAGUUCCAGAAUGCAUGAGAACUGAUGUUCUGAAGAUAUUGCAUGCAGGACAUCCUGGUAUUGCAUCAAUGAGGUCUGUUGCGCGACACUAUGUGUGGUGGCCCAACAUGGAUAAAGAUAUCGAAGUUUAUAUCAAGAAGUGUACAUCUUGUCAAGAGAAUAGAGAUAAUGUAGAAGAAGUACCAUUAUAUCCUUGGAAUGUACCUGCUAGAGUUUGGGAAAGGGUACACAUUGAUCUGGCAGGGCCAGUCAACGGAUCUAUGUGGUUGGUAGGUAUUGAUGCGUUGUCUAAGUGUUCAGAAGUGGACUGUCUUAAGACAACAAACUCUUAUACAAUCAUUCAACGAUUAAGAUCUUGGUUUAGUCGAUAUGGAUUACCAAGUGAAAUCGUGACAGACAACGGACCUCAAUUUGUGUCAAAGGAAAUUGAAACAUUCUUCCAGAAAAAUUCUAUCAACCACAUAAAAACAACUCCGUACCAUCCUAAAAGUAAUGGACUUGUUGAAAGACUAAUUCGUACAUUGAAAAGACGGUACUACACAACAAAGCAGGAGGUCGGAGAUGGAAUGCUAGCUCUUCAAAAUGUUCUUUUUAGCUACCGAAACUCGCCUCAGAAAACAACCGGUAGGGCUCCGGCAGAAUUGUUUCUAGGUCGUAGACUACCAAAAAUUUUUGACAAUAUGAAACCUAAUCUUAGGAAAAAGAUGGAAAUGAAGCUUUGGAAAGAACAAGGGAGAGCCAACAAGAAAGUUCGAACUUUUAAAGAAGGAGAAGAUGUGUGGAUUAAGAAUGAACAUGGAAAUGGUUGGUCAGCUGGAAUGGUGAAAAAUAGAAAUGGACUGUAUUCAUAUGAUGUACUUUGUGGAGGUGUUAUAAAAAGAAAGCAUGCCGACCAGAUGAGACAAAGAAUGGGAGCUGUAGAAUCUGCGUAA